AAAACCUAAUAGUCAAAAAUAAAAACUCAAAACAUUAGAAUAAAAAUGUUUUUAAAAAGUACAUUGUAUGUUGUCUUUUAAUGUUUUAUAUUAAGUUAUUAAUAUUUUAAUGUGGUUUUUCAACCAGAUAAGACUGAUGCGUAUUGAUAAGUAAGGAACGCGAUUAAGUGUAUGUUUAAUGCUGAGAAAUUUAUAUUUAAUGGGCUACCGCGUAAGUAGUUCGAAAUGCCUUACGAUUUGCUUAGGUCUAACGUUUUUGAUGGGAUGUUUCAUCGCUACGCUACCAAUCCCUCCUCCAGAGUCACAGAACCUUCGCAUUUCAGCAAAAACACUUGAUAAGAAGAAGCUGGCUAUAAUAGUUCCUUUUAGAGAUAGAUUUGAAGAAUUACUAGAAUUUGUACCACACAUGUACAAGUUCUUAAAGAAACAAAAUAUACUCUUUGAUAUUUUUGUUAUACAGCAAAAAGACAGCAAUCGUUUCAAUAGAGCCUCACUAAUAAAUGUUGGUUAUAUUUUCACAAACAAAAAUUAUGAUUAUAUAGCAAUGCAUGAUGUUGAUUUACUGCCAAUUAAUGAUAAUUUAAAGUAUGAUUACCCAGGAUUGGGACCUUUACAUAUUUCAUCCCCUGAAACACAUCCAAAAUAUCAUUAUGCUACUUUCAUUGGUGGAAUACUGUUAGUAUCACGGGAUCAUUUUGAGCUAGUCAAGGGAAUGUCUAAUAAUUACUGGGGAUGGGGCCUGGAAGAUGAUGAAUUUUAUGUGAGAUUAAAAGAUGCCGGUUUGAAAGUUUUCCGACCAAAGAACAUCACUACGGGAACUGAGAACACAUUUAAGCAUAUCCAUGACAAAUCAUACCGAAAACGGGACAUGAGAAAAUGCUUCAAUCAACGUGAGGUGACAAGACAUCGAGAUAGGGUGACGGGUGUUCAUGAUGUUGCUUAUACUAUUCACAGCACCCAUAGUGUAGCAAUAGAUGACCUUCCUAUUACUGUUGUUAAUGUGGAGCUAUUAUGCAAUAAGUCAGUUACACCAUGGUGUAAAUGCCCUGAACCAGCAAAGGUUAAGAAUACUAAGCAACAGUGAUUUAAAUAAUGUAAUUUAAUCAAGUGCUCAUAAUAUGGCUUAAGCAAACACAUGAUUACAUUUUUUGAAAUAGGACCAAAUUUGAGUUGGUUCGUGAAAAUUAAAUAACUUUUUAGGAAUACAGACAUUGAAUAUCUGUUUUGAGAAUCUACACAUGCAUAUUUAAUUGAUUUGGAUAAAAACUAUUAGAACUGCCCAAAGUAUGUAAUACUAAAACUUUUACAUACCAAAGACUAGCCAAAUUCUUUAGAACAUCUAUGAAAAAUGAAUGAAACGGGCAAAAGACAAUAUUUUUCAAAUUCUUAAGUAUUAAAUCAUUUUUAUUGAUUUCAGUUGUGACCCAUGACAUUUUAAGAUUGCAUUUUUAAUGUGUAUUAUUACCAGUGUAUUCUGUAUUUAUAUUUUCUAGUCUUAUCUUUACUGUACUGAUGAACAAAGCAAUAUAUAUAUAUUACAAA